AUGGCCAGCCCGCCCCGCGCCGCCGCGGCCCUCGCCCACCAGGACUGCAGUAACGGAUGCUCCGCAGAAUGUAGGGGAGGAGGAUCAAAAGAGGUGGUGGAGGCCUUUAAGGCUAAAGAUCUAAUAAUCACGCCAGCCACCAUUUUAAAGGAAAAACCAGAUCCAAAUUCUCUCGUUUUCGGAACUGUGUUCACGGAUCACAUGUUGACAGUGGAGUGGUCUUCAGAGUUUGGAUGGGAGAAACCUCAUAUCAAGCCUCUUCAAAACCUGUCAUUGCAUCCUGGCUCCUCGGCUUUACACUACGCAGUGGAAUUAUUUGAAGGAUUGAAGGCAUUUCGAGGAGUAGAUAAUAAAAUUCGACUGUUUCGGCCAAACCUCAACUUAGAUAGAAUGUACCGAUCUGCAAUGAGGGCAACUUUGCCGGGAUUUGACAAGGAAGAACUUUUAGAGUGUAUUCAACAGCUUGUGAAAUUGGAUCAAGAAUGGGUCCCGUAUUCAACAUCUGCUAGUCUGUAUAUCCGUCCUACAUUCAUCGGAACUGAGCCUUCUCUUGGAGUCAAGAAGCCUACCAAAGCUCUGCUCUUUGUAAUCUUGAGCCCAGUGGGACCUUACUUUUCAAGUGGAACCUUUAAUCCUGUGUCUCUGUGGGCUAAUCCAAAGUAUGUAAGAGCCUGGGAAGGUGGAACUGGGGACUGCAAGAUGGGAGGGAAUUACGGCUCAUCUCUUUUUGCCCAGUGCGAAGCAAUGGAUAACGGGUGCCAGCAAGUUCUGUGGCUCUAUGGAAAGGAUAACCAGAUAACUGAAGUUGGAACUAUGAAUCUUUUUCUUUACUGGAUAAAUGAAGACGGAGAAGAAGAACUGGCAACUCCUCCGCUAGAUGGCAUCAUUCUCCCAGGAGUGACGCGGCAGUGCAUACUGGACCUGGCACACGAGUGGGGUGAAUUUAAGGUGUCAGAGAGGUACCUCACCAUGGACGACUUGACAACUGCCCUGGAGGGGAGCAGAGUGAGGGAGAUGUUUGGCUCUGGUACAGCCUGCGUUGUUUGCCCAGUUUCUGAUAUACUGUACAAAGGCAAGAACAUACACAUUCCAACUAUGGAGAAUGGUCCUAAGCUUGCACGCCGUAUCUUGAACAAAUUGACUGAUAUCCAGUAUGGAAGAGAAGAGAGCAACUGGACAAUCAUAUUAUCCUGA